AUGGAAUCCAAGACGGCACCCCCACCCAAAUCGGUGUUCCUGCUGCUACCUCAGAAGGUUUUCAAUGUUCGGUCUGGAAUAAAAACAACUGCUUUUCCCAAAAAAACCGGGGUAGAACACUUCCUUGCUACAGAAAUGAGGAUCAUGGGGGCAAUUCAGGUCCUCUUUGGUCUGAUGAACUUCUGCUUUGGGGCAGUCUUCAUUUUCACCCACGUCUCUCCAUAUCCACGCUUUCCUUUCAUCUUUAUCACAGGGUAUCCAUUCUGGGGAUCAGCAUUUUUCAUUAAUUCCGGAUCCCUUUUAAUCGCAUUUGAAAGGAGAACUACAAAACUUCUUGGACAAAUCAGUCUGGUUGGGAACACAGUUAGUUCUGUGGUUGCAAUGGCUGGGAUCGUUCUUCUCUCAUUUAGCCUCGUUCUGGAUAAUCACUACCUGUGUGGCUACGUCGGUGGAGGCAACCUUUGUGAAGGAAUCACUGUCAUUUUAACUGGGAUUUUGGGUAUGAUGAUGGUCUUCGCUGUCCUUGAGCUCCUCAUUUCUCUGUCUUACUCAAUGUUCAGGCACAACUUGACCUGUGCUGAAUCUGAGAAUUGGUUUUCAAUAGAAGUGUGA